AUGGACUUUCUUCAACUAACAAGAACACAUAAAAAGUACUUUCGAUACCCGUCGGCAGUCUACGAAGACCUAGAAUCAAAACAUUAUUUUAUGCCAACGGGAGAGACAGAUGACCACGAUUGCUGGGUUACAGCCAGAUUCUCUCCUCAUUGGAAUCAAGAACACAUUCUAUACAUGGGCGACGAUCCCGGAAAUAUCGGAAUUUUCGAUGUGCGAAAGUUUCAUGAUCGAUCGGUACCGCUUGAGGAGCGCCAGCUUCAUUUUUUUCCCGCUCACGAUGGUGCUAUAAUGGAUGUCGUGGGUGUGCCACAAAAAGAAUCUCAAAUCGUAUCGAUUUCUGGAGAUUCGACGGCUCGCUGCUGGGAUUUGAAUCAACCUGCAAUGAAUCGAAAGUCACAAAUAUUCUAUGGACAUACCGGAUCUGUCAGAUCGAUUUGCUUUGCUAAGGAUAAUCCGCAUGUAUUCGUGACCGGUGGCCGGGAUUUUCAGGUGAAGAUUUGGGAUAUGAGAGUGUCUGCAGUAAAGCGACAAGAUGAGGAAUGCCGGAUGGCUACGAUUACAUAUAAGUCAGCUCAUCCGAAGAAUUCGGACUCCAAAUCCAAAACCAGCGGAACCCCAAAAUCGAAAAACUCUCUCCAAGAGAAUCACAAAGUGACGUCAGUUCUAUUCCUCGAUGAAAACCACGUGGCAAGUGCCUCCGAGAAUGCGACGAGUGGAAUACGAAUUUGGGAUAUUCGAAAACCCCCAAAGAACGGAAUUGGGCAUCCGGCAAGAGUGCUGAAAGUGCCAACUUCUAAUAAGAAAUCAUAUGGAAUCACUUGUUUGACGAUGGAUCGAUUCGGAAAUCGACUAUUCGCUUCGUGUACAGAUUCUUCGAUUUAUGAAUACUCGAUACAGUCAGAGUCGAUUUCACCAGUCAACUCGUACACUGGCGCCACCAUUCACAACUUCUACACGGAAGUUGCGUGCUCUCCGGUCUCCGAUACUAUAGCGUGUGGAAGUGAGAACGGACGAGCAGUUAUAUGGGAUCUACAGGAUCAGUACUCGUAUCGGAAUGAUGUGACACUUCCAGAUGAGAUAGAUAAACGAAGAACGAGACUGCCGAGAUGGUCGUGUGGAGGACAUCUGAAACAGGUGCUGAAUGUUGGAUGGAGUUCUCGUGGCAAAUAUUUUCUAUCGUGUGACGAAGGAGGUAUUCGAAUUUGGACGGAACCGAUUCAGAGGAGACCGUGGAAAUGCUUUGAUGAAGACGAUUCAAAGUACUCGACUUCUUCAAUUCCAGAAAAUGAUCCAGAAUUAGCAUACGAAUCAGUGAAACCAUUCGAGUUGAAAGAGUCGGAUGCGGCGAUUACAGGAUUGGAUAGUAUAUCUUUGUCACCAAGACAACGGGCGGAUUCUGGAUUGAGUGGAUCACCACAGAAGAGUCGGGGAUCGAAACGACCGAUUAUUGAGAGUCCGUUUAAGUCGAUUUGUUCCAGUCCGAAACCGUUGAGACUUCAUCAAUCGCCGAGGGCGAAGGUUUUCAAAAUGUCAUCCUCCCCAUCCACCAGCCCGCUGAAACCAUCAAACUCGAACAUCCAGGGAUACUGUACUCCCCAGCAAAUACGAUUCAAAAAGAUAAAAAAGAAUCCAUUCUACUAUGAGCACCCGACGAAAAACUUGCCAAAUAUUGUGUAUGAAACAUUCCGCCGCAAAAUGCUCGGCGAGUCGCCGCCCCAUUCCGAAGACGAGAGUAGUGACAAGUCGUUGUCGAAGACUGGAAGGAAGCGAAUCGAGGAUUGGUGGAUUAAGAAGGGAGAGAAUGUGCCAACGGUGACAAGAGCAAGAUUACCAAGUGUCACCGAAUUCGGCGAGUCAGCAUGUGCCAAAGUGAUACCAGAAGAUGAGCGAAUCGCCCUCCUCUCCCCGAGAAAACUCGUACUCAAAACCCAACAGACAUCCCUCACAACUCCAGUAUCCGCUAAACCCAAAACUGUGCCAAUGACGCCACGAAAACCGACGGAUAAACGACCGACGAGUCGAAAUUUGUUCCAUUACUUCAAGAAAUAG